UGUGAUUAUAAUUUCGUCCGAGUUAUGCUUCCCUUUGAUGAACAGGAAAGGCUCUUAGAAGAUGCCUUGGUCAAUGUACGUCAACAUGCUUUUCAAAUGGAAAGAUGUUUGGACAAAAAAAAACUUAUCGAAGGCCUCCAACAUGCGACAAGCAUGCUUCGUGAAAUGGGGACUUCUCGCCUAUCCCCAAAAUCCUAUUAUGAAUUAUGUUAG